UAGCUUUCCAAUGGUGAUACUCCGCGGACAUGUGAAACAUGUCAAAUGGAACGCAUUGUGGACUACUCUGAAAAUUUAUCUACAAAUACAGACUCAGAUGUAAGGAUUGAUGAAGAAGCUUCACAAUACAGUGAAUUAGAGAACUUCAUUUUACCUAUUUCAAAUACCUUCCAUUAUGAUCCUGAAGUGGAAGCACUCCAUAAAAAAGUUCAGUGGAUAGUAUUUUCCUCACUGUUCCCAAUUCUAGGUUAUUAUAUUGAGGAAAGAGUUAUCGAGUGUUGUCUGCCAAUCCGAAUAUUCUGAAGCAGUACGUGCAAAUGCUGAGUUGCAUGCAUCGCUGAUGAAAUUUCAGUUAAUGAGGCAAUUUAAAUGGCAUAUAUCCUUUUUACUAACAAUCUCCGCCGCUUUGCAUGACCAAGAGAGUACAAGUCUACUACAAGAUUCAAGGGUAAACAGUUCAGGCGAAGGUGUAAAUCUACUCACUGAGAGUUCAUUUCAAGCUGGUAGAAUACAAAAUGAUAUUCAGAAACUUUCUCAUGAGAUAAUAGCUGCAUUAAGAGACAAGAAUAUUCAGCUGAAAAAUCUCUCCAUCGAGAAAACUAUACUCCAAAGUUCGUACGAUGAACUGCUUCAAAGGCAUGAAUGUUUAAAGAAAGAGCAUGAAGGAACUCUAAGUGUCAUUGAAACACAGAAGGGAAGACUGUCAGCUCUUGAUAGUCUAAAUAAGGAUUUGACGGAAGAAAAUAGAAAUGUAUCUACCAAACUAUUGAAUACGGAAAAUCUUUUAAACAGAUUAAAAAUUCAAAAUUAUUCACUUAGACAAGAAAUUAAAACAAGCAUUCAAAGCUACAUGAGUACAAUUCUUACUCGACAUAUGGAUCAGAUUAAGCUACAUUUUUUUCAAACAAAUCAAAAAAUCGAUGCACAGUUACAUCGACUCUCUGCAUUAAGACAAUAUCUUAAUGAGAAUAAAUCAAAACUAAAAAUUAGCUUAUACAACGAUACUAAUGGUCGAAAGCAUACAUGUUGUCAAACAGACCCAGAAUUAAUCAGACCCAAUUCAAUGAAUCUAAAACAAAAUCAGUUCACUCAUAAACACCAUCAUCAUCAGGCUGUUGAAGAUCAAAAAUCGAUUAUGCAUAAACUUCAUUCAAUUAUCAAAAUGCUAAAACAAAUUAAUUCAAUGAAUACUAAUUCAAUUGACAAAGAUAAUUCCAUAUAUAAAUCAAUAGAUAAAGCAUUCAACAUUCAACAGAAUAUAGAUACAUUAGAACAAACUGAGCAACUAUUGAACAUGAUCAAUAGUCAUUCAAAUCAGUUCAUGUCAACUGGUAAUAAAUCAAUUAUAUAUGACAAUCAAAAAGUACCGGCAUCUUCAUCAUUGCACAAAUGCAUUGGGAAGAGAUUUUAUAAUUUGAAAUGUCAACAGAACAGGAAAUUACAACAAGAACAAGGACAGUCACAGCAACAACAAAUUGAAAUUUUACAAAAACAUGCGCACUUUUGUACCCAGUAUAUCAACAAGUUACAAAGUGAAAAUGCUGUAUGUAGAGUUCUUGUUAAUUUUAUUUUAUCAUAUUCUAUCUCCCAAUUAAUUUCCUAUACUACUCAUUAA